AUGGGAAGUCGAUUCUCCUUCACCAGCGAUGAAAGUCCACAGGUGUGGUCAGCAGAUGGAGAGAGCAACCCCCAACGCAUUAUCGGCGGCUAUAUAGUCGUGCCCCACUCUUCCAAGUACCUGGUGUCUCUGAAGAGGAAAACGGGUUAUCACUUCUGUGGCGGGGCACUGGUCAGUCGGAGCUGGGUUCUGACUGCUGCACACUGCAAAACUGGGAUCAAUCAAAUGCUGAUCGUGGCCGGAGAAUAUUCGCUUUCCACUUUUGAAGGCACGGAACAGGUGUUCCGGCCCGCCCGCAUGGUGGUCCAUCCAAACUAUAGUGCCACGUCCAAGAACGCAGACAUCAUGCUGAUUAAGCUAAACAGGCCUGUGGCGUACAGCCCUUUUGUCUCCAUCGUGCCCCUCCCCCCGCAAGGAGUGACCAUGAGGGACGGCCGCUUCUGCCAAGUCUCCGGCUGGGGCUAUACCACCUCCAUCGGGGGGAGGACGUCAGACACGCUGCGCAGCGUGCACCUGCCCAUCAUCCCCACGUGGAAAUGCAACAGCUCCUCUUCGUACGCUGGGUACAUCACGAAGAACAUGAUUUGCGCCGGCUUCAGCACGGGCGGGAAAGACGCGUGCCAGGGGGACUCCGGUGGGCCACUGGUUUGCGACGGACGUGUGUUUGGAAUCGUUUCCUGGGGUCACAGCUGUGCCAGUCCCAGGUACCCAGGUGUCUACACAGCAGUGGCCAACUUUCAGAAAUGGAUUUACAAGACCGUCUUCAAGAAGUAA